AGCUUUGAAAUUUCUCAGCUGAUCCAUUCUCCCGAACCGAACCCGGAAACCCAUUGAGAAACAUCCACCGAUUCCCGAUGGGUUUCAAUGCCAAAACCACCGAUGAAAAUUCCGAGACCAGCCUCCUCCUCCCCACCGUAAGCGCCGCCGCCGCCGCCGUACCUAAUAAAAUUCCAGAGGACUCGUUCCACUUCGCCUACAUCAUCUACUUCACACUGGGUGUCGGCUACCUCCUCCCAUGGAACGCUUUCAUCACAGCCGUCGAUUACUUCGCCUACCUCUAUCCAGAUGCCAGCGUCGACCGUAUAUUCUCCGUCGUUUACAUGGUGGUGGGCCUCUUCUGCCUCCUCCUGAUUAUCUUCUACUCCCACAAGUCCGAAGCCUAUGUCCGGAUCAAUGUGGGCCUGGGCCUCUUCGUCGUUUCGCUGCUCGUCGUUCCCCUCAUGGAUGUCUUUUACAUCAAGGGUCGGGUCGGGUUGUACGACGGGUUUUACGUGACGGUUGCGGCGGUUGCUCUUUCCGCCGUGGCGGAUGCUUUGGUUCAAGGCUCUCUCAUUGGGGCGGCUAGUGAGUUGCCCGGAACUUAUAUGCAAGCCGUUGUGGCCGGGACUGCUGGUUCAGGAGUCAUUGUUUCUGCUCUGAGGAUCGUAACCAAGGCUGUAUAUCCACAAGAUACCGAUGGCCUGAGGAAAAGUGCGAACCUUUACUUCGCUGUUGGGAUAGUCAUUAUUGUCAUAUGCAUUGUCUUCUACAAUGUGGCACCAAGGAUUCCAGUUAUGAAGUAUUAUGCAGAUUUAAAGGUUCAGGCUGUAAACGAUGCGACAGAAGAGAGAGGCCCUCCGACUCUGACUGUGUUGAGAUCAACUCUGUGGCACAUAGUCGACAGAGUCAAGUGGUACGGAAUUAGCAUCUUCCUCAUCUAUGUCGUGACUUUGUCGAUAUUUCCAGGAUACAUUACUGAAGACGUGCACUCUCAGAUUCUCAAGGAUUGGUACCCAAUCAUCCUUAUCACCGGCUACAAUGUGUUUGAUCUCGUUGGCAAGUCUCUGACUUCCGUAUGCCUCCUCAAAAAUUCCAAGGUUGCAAUCGGCAGUACAGUUGUGCGAUUGCUCUUCUUUCCUCUCUUCUAUGGGUGCUUGCACGGCCCCAAAUUCUUCCGAACAGAGAUUCCAGUGACGAUACUAACUUGCCUUCUGGGGCUCACCAACGGCUACUUGACUAGCGUGUUGAUGAUUUUGGCUCCCAAAGUUGUCCAAUUCCAACAUGCCGAGACGGCAGGGAUUGUGAUCGUGUUGUUCUUGGUUCUGGGUUUGGCUGCUGGCUCAGUUGUAUCUUGGUUCUGGGUCAUCUGAUGCCUCAAUUGUAUCCUAAUCCUGUUUAGCUUGGUAAUUCUACUGUUAAUAGUAUUUCUGUUUGUUUCUUAAACACGGAUUAUGAAUUGUAAAUCUGAAUAAGAAUGGGAAACGAUACUAGCUCAAA